CACACGGUAACCAGCUAGAGGCAAUCUCACCAGCAAUAUCACAGCCGUGUUUACGGCCUCAAGCAACGCUAUACCCCCCAAGAUACCAGAUCUGACAAAAUAAAGAGAAGCGGAAACAUUCUGGGAGAAAGGUCAUUCAGCUUCAUCCAGAAAAAAAUGGGGUUCGCAGUCUUGGCUGUGAUCUUCACCGUGAUGCACAUGGAUUUAGGUGUGUGCUUCGUGACUCCUGAGCCUGAUGCAUCGCCCACAUCAGCUCCAGACUCCUAUCCACCAGGUGAGCUGAUACACGCUGCUCUGCAAAGUAAAGAGUACCUGGGACAGGUUCCUGGAGUCACAGGUACCACCACCAAUCCCACACAGGCAGUGCCAGAGCUUGAGCCGGUUGAGUCUACAGCAGCAGCCAUAUCACCGGGGCUCCUUACCACAGCUUUAGGGUCUUCUUCCGCUGCAGGCAAGACAGGAUUGAGGAGUCCAAUGUCUUCGUUCCCCUUAGAAGAAGAGACCACCACCACACUAAUAACCACCACCACCAUAACUACAAUGCACAUGCCAGUGCAGUGCAAUGCUUCUUUGUCAGCGAUGGAGGAUUUUGUUGAGUCCCCAGAUCCUGGAUCAUCAUCCUCACUAUCUACUUUGGAAUGCACCUACAGCAUUACUGUGUAUCCAGGCUACGGCGUGGAAAUUCAGGUGAGGAAAACGAACCUCUCAAAGGAAGAAUCUCUGGUGAUCAUGGGUCAAGGCGGUUCAGGCCCGGAGCUCUUAGCCAAUGAGACGCUGAUGAAAGAGGGCCAGGUGAUCCGCAGCACGACCAAUCAGGUUUCCAUUCACUACCGCAGUCUUCGUCAGUCCAACCAUGGCACAUUCAGCCUUCACUAUCAAGCCUUUCUGCUUUCCUGCCCUUUCCCCACAUCACCUGAGGGUGGCGGAGUGACAGUGACCGACAUCCACCCUGGAGGCCAAGCACACUUCCACUGCGAUCCAGGGUUCCAGAUCCGUGGCCAUGAGGUGGCAACUUGUGUCAACACGACGCAACCACGUUGGAGCACUCCGGAGCCACAGUGUGUCGUUGUUUCUUGUGGAGGAUGGAUUCGUAAUGCAACGGUUGGACGGAUACUGUCUCCACCUUCGCAGCCUGUGAGCAACCACAGUAAUGGAAAUAAUUUAAGCUGCCAUUGGCUGAUAGAAGCUAAAGAAGGACACAGGCUUCAUCUACACUUUGAGAGGAUUGCUCUGGAUGAAGAUGAAGACAAGUUAAUUGUCCGUAGUGGGAACAGCUCCCUGUCUCGGUCACUCUUUGACUCUGAUAUCGAUGACGUCCCGGAGCGCGGGCUGCUGAGCGACGGCUCCAUGCUGUACUUGGAGCUCACAGUUGAUUCUUCCUCCAUUCCUCUGCUGUUGGCACUCAGAUAUGAGGCUUUUGACGACGAGCACUGCUGGGAGCCCUACAUGCCUCAUGGAAAUUUCAGCAGUAGUGACAUCUCAUAUCAGCUGGGCACAAUUGUGAGCUUUAGCUGCUCUCCAGGCUUCGUCAUGGAGCAGGGUUCUGGGACCAUUGAGUGUGUUGACCCCCGCAGUCCCCACUGGAAUGACAGUGAGCCUGUGUGCAGGGCUUUGUGUGGAGGAGAACUGACUGAGCCUUCCGGUACCAUUCUGUCCCCUGACUGGCCCCAGAGUUACUCCAAGGGUCUGGACUGUGUUUGGCAGAUCCUCGUUAACGAGGAGAAACGAAUUGAGCUGGAGGUUCAGAUCUUGAAUAUUCGUCACACGGAUGUGCUGACAGUUUUUGGUGGCCGUGACCUCAUGUCACACGUGAUUGGCCAGUAUAUGGGCUCUAGAGAGCGUUUCCAGAUCGUGUCUGGGGGGUCAGAGGUCACCAUUCAGUUUCAGAGCGACCCAGAUGAUUCCAGCUUCAUCCUCAGUCAGGGGUUCCUCAUUCAUUAUCGUGAGGUGGAACCGAAUGACACCUGCCCUACCCUCCCUCAAAUCGAGUUUGGCUGGAUAAGUUCGUCCCACUCCUCUCCUGUGAGAGGCAGCGUGCUGACCUAUCAGUGCCAGCCGGGUUACGACAUCAGCGGCUCAGACAUCAUCACCUGCCAGUGGGACCUUACCUGGAGCAGCCCUCCACCCACAUGUGUUAAAGUCCAGCAGUGUCCUGAUCCAGGAGAGGUGGUGAAUGGGGCUACUUCAGGACGCUCUGUGCGUCCUGAAGCAGGCUUCACUGUGGGGACGGUAGUGCGUUUCUCUUGUAACCAGGGUUACCAACUUGAAGGCCCCAGCCAAAUCUCCUGCCACGGGCGGGACACUGGUACCCCUAAAUGGAGCGACCGCAGCCCAAAGUGUGUCUUGAAAUAUGACCCAUGCACCAACCCUGGAGCCCCUGACAACGGCUACCAAACUUUGUACAAACACACAUACCAGGCCGGAGAAACUUUGCGCUUCUUCUGCUACGAAGGCUAUGAACUCAUUGGAGAGGUCAUCAUUACCUGUGUGCCUGGCCACCCAUCUCAGUGGAACAGCCCUCCACCUUUCUGCAAAGUGGCAUACGAAGGGCUUUUUGAUGACCGCAAGGCAGAAGUGUCCCAGACUGAUGGGCCAUCCCAUCAGAUCCUGAGUGAAAACAUCGCCUUGGCAAUAAUUCUGCCCAUCAUCCUGGUCAUCCUCCUGAUUGGAGGCCUUUACAUGUAUUAUACAAAUAUUUGUAGACUAGAAUGGAAGCCUCUCUUCUGGAAGUCUCUCUCACACACACACUCCUACAGUCCCAUUACAGUGGAGUCGGAUUUCAACAACCCUCUCUAUGAAGCAGGAGACACACGGGAGUACGAAGUAUCCAUUUAAAGAGGAACAUUUCUGGGUGAGAAAUAAAACUAAAGAAGAAUGAAAUUCUUGAAGAAGACAAAUUCUUUUUGUAUAAAAAAGGCCUAGCUCCCCCUAUGCUACUUGUGUUUUCUCUUUUUUUUUUUUUUUUUUUAAUCCAUCUCAGUUAGGAAAUACUUUCUUCUGAUUAUGUCGCAUCUGCCUAAAAUGAGACCCAAGUGAUCAUUUAAACUUUCUGUAUUAUUAGGACUGGUGCCUUAUGAAGGAUUAGAAGCGGUCAAUUUCAAAUUGACUUCUAAAGAUAUGGAAAUUAUUGUAGGCAAAGAAAAUGUCAAUGAGGAAUGGGGGGUUGCUUUAAUUUCGGUUCUGUUAAGUCUUUCAAAGGCUAAAACGUUAAAGAGCAUGGCAAUACUUUAUUUAAAACAAUCAAAAGUUAUGUUUCGCGAUCCUGUAAUACAUGCUGAAUGUUUGUUUUUCACUUUCUGAAGCGACUCUCGUUAUGUUUUAGAGUUUCGCAGUGAAGGGAAAAAGCUUUUAAAAACAACAAUCUUUUCCUUUUUUUUAUUUGCUCACAGGUUGUAACAAAUUCACAAUCUUUGAAUGUAAAUAUCUGACUUAAUAUAUACACUUGGUGGCAGGAGGUUAUAUAUUUUCAUUAUAUACACAUAAUGAAAGUUCUGUGCCAAAAUAUAAUGUUAAAUAAUUUAAUGUCUCUUAGUGUUUCAUCCAUUGUUGGAAUAGUGUUUACAAAGGCAGUGUUUAUUUUAUUCUUCACUGUUCCUGCCGUCAUCAGCCAACCAUUGCACCACAUACUGUAUAAGCAAAGGUGAGGACAUGAAUGUCAUAGCGCUUCGAGCAUGCACUGAUUGUAAAUUAUAUUGCUUAUGCUCAAUCUCUUACAUUGACAUUAUAGUUACUGGCAGGUGUCAUUGUUAUUAAAUUUGAUGUUGUAUGCACUACGUUGAUGAGAAACUUUAAAUCUUGCCGUUUGCUGUGAUGCGCAUUAUGUAUUUAUUUAUAACCGAUUGAACAGUGAAUAUUAGGUAUUCACUGGGCCAAAUGAGGGACGCCUGGAGACUGUUGCUUUGUUGAAUCAAAUCUUCUACGAUCAUCUUUUCUUUGCUUCAUAUAUAAAUACACUCUUUUAAAAACAGUGAAUCAUUUGCAGAAUUGGAAAUAAAGUAUUUGUUGAA